GGGACCCUGGCUCACACCAACACCGUGGUAUCUCGCUUCAGCACUUCGGCCACGAGGCAACAAUAACUCCGACGUUCCUCCCAAACCCCCUAGCGCACCGACGACCGCAAGUAAUCAACAUGGAGCUCAUCAAGGGGCACGGUGGCAGGCGCUGGUACCAGAUCCGAUGGUACCAGGAGCAAGACACACCGAGAGAGCGCCGGCUCAUCAACAAGCUUGACCUGCUCAUUGUGCCGUAUGCCUUCCUCGCAUACUGGGUGAAAUACAUUGAUCAGUCCAAUCUCAAUAACGCUUACGUGGCUGGCAUGAAGGAAGACCUGAGCUUCAAGGGCAACGAGCUGGUGCAACUUCAGACCAUGUACAUUGUCGGCGCCGUGGUCGGCCAGAUCCCCUUCCUGUUCCUGUUCACCUACCUGCCCAUGCACUGGAUCAUCCCCUUCCUCGACGUGGCGUGGGGCAUCUUCACGCUGCUGCAGUACCGCGUCACCAGCUUCGCCGAGCUGGCCGCCUACCGCUUCCUGGUGGGCUGGUUCGAGGCGGCCUUCUUCCCGGCCAUGCACUACAUCUUCGGCGCGUGGUACCGCGGGGACGAGAUCGGGCGCCGCGGGGGCGUCUUCUAUGUCGGCCUGACGCUGGGCACCCUCACCGCGGGGCUGAUUCAAGCCGGCGCCUCCUCGCGCCUGGACGGAGUGAGCGGCCUCGCCGGGUGGAGAUGGAUGUACAUCAUCUGCGCCCUGCUCACCAUUCCGAUCGGCAUCCUCGGCUACUUCAUCAUCCCCGGCACGCCGGACAGGCCGAACCGCUGGUUCCUCAGCGACGACGACAUCCGCGUGGCGCAGGAUCGGCUGCGGCGGAACGGCCACGCGACCGGCGAGCGGUUCCGCUGGGCCACGCUGCGGCGGCUGGCUUCGCGGUGGCACUUCUGGGCCAUCAUCCUGUUCGACAUCUUCUUCUGGAACGGCAGCAUCAACACGUCGACGGGCGGCUACCUGCUCUGGCUCAAGAGCCUGGGCCGCUACUCGCAGGCGCGCGUCAACGAGCUGGGCGCCGUCGCGCCCGCGCUGGGCAUCCUGUACACGCUGGCCAUCUGCUUCGCCUCGGACCUCGUGCUAGGUCCGGCGUGGGCCAUCACGGUCGCGCACGCGUGGAACAUGGUCGGCCUCGUCAUCCAGAUCGUGUGGUUCGUGCCCGAGCCGGCGCUGUGGUUCUCCUUCAUGACCACGUACAGCGCCGUCGCCAUGUCGAGCGUGCUCUACGGCUGGGUCAACAGCCAGCUGCGCGCCUCCCCGGCCGAGCGGUCCUUCACCCUGGUCCUCAUCAACGCCGUCGCCCAGAGCACCACCGCCUGGACGCCGCUGCUGGUCUUCAAGACGGUCGAGGCACCCCGCUUUCCCAAGGGCUAUUCGUUUGUGCUGGGCAACGCCGUGUGUCUCGUUGCGACGGCCCAUCUGCUUAGGAUUUACCUGGCCCGCAAGGAGUGA